CCUUUUUCCGCCCAAGAGGAAGGAAAUACCCGGAUGCAGCCGCAUGGCGGAGGGGGAUUCGGGGUCGCGCUCGUUGCGCUUGCUCUGUCUCCAUGGUUACCGCCAGGACGCCAAAAGUUUCCGGGCGCGCAGCGGGGCCCUGCGGAAAGCCUUGCGCGGGCGUGCAGAGCUGCUGAUCAUCGAUGCGCCUCACGUCGUUGUUGCGCGGCCAGAGGAAGCCAGCCUGUUGGAUACGCUAGACAGCAGUGGUCGUGGCUGGUGGUUCUCCAGUCCCCAGGAAGGAACAUUCAAUGCCUUUGAGGAAGCCUCAUCUUGCAAAGGACUAGAGGAGUCGCUGGAGGCUGUGGCCGAGGCAUUUGCAGAACACAGCCCCAUUGAUGGGCUGCUGGGCUUUAGCCAGGGUGCAGCACUGGCUGCCAUAAUUUGCACCCUGAAACAAGGUGGAGAUCCCCGCUUCCAGUUUGACUUUGCCGUCCUGAUCGCUGGCUUCAAAAGCCGAGCCCUUGAUCACUGCAGUUUCUAUCAAGCCCCCAUCCAGGUGCCCAGCCUGCACGUCCUAGGAGAAACAGACCGUGUCAUCCCCUUCGAAAUGAGCCAGGAACUUGCCUCCCUCUUUAGUACUCCUUUAUUUCUCACCCACUUGGGAGGGCACUUCAUCCCUGCCUCUGCAGCCCAAAAGAAAACCUACCUGGAAUUCCUGAGUCAGUUUGGGAAAUAACUAGUUGGAGAGGAAGGUUUGUUAGUUGGUUUGCUUGAUCAGUUCAUUUCCUUGGUCAAAGGCCAGCAGAUCACAGUAAUGUUUAGAGAGAAGGUUGCCAUCCUAGUUCUCAGGUGGUUAAGCAUGCCUAAUAUUGCACUGGGUUGUGGUUUCAUGUCCAGUCAGCAGCUGGGCUUUGUAUGACAUGACUGUGUGCCAAGUGGAAAUCUCAGUAGUUCUGCUAAACCAGCCCCGCCGUUUUCUUGCACUGUGCUCAUGGACAGGAAAUGCAUUGCAUUACACAAUUGUCUGUGGAAUCAGUAAAUGCUGUCCCAGUUUUCAAAGGGCUAUAGCCAUUCAUGAGCCCCCUUGUAGGUAAUUUGUUUAUUAACUUCAUUUGUAGGCUACUUUUUGACUCCAGAGUUAUUAAAUGAAUAAAAACAGCGCAACAAGAACAUUGGUAACAAUGAAUAAAACUGGAUUAUUGGAAAACAGUGCAUCACAAACUAGUGCUUGCAGUAAAGCAGGUUUUUUUGUCAUUAGAUUUUUCCAAAAUAGAACACAGCAUAUUCAACAUAACCAGAGAAGCAUUAUGAUUACCCAUAAAAAGCACAAGGAACACACUUUUUUGUUACUCCAAAAUGUAAUAAAUACAUCCCAAAUGGUCAAUAAACUUAUCUGAAUAUUGAAAA